AUGUUUCUCCUAGCUGAGAUGACUGACACAGUGCGCAUUGAACCCUGGUUGUUCAAUGUCCCACUCAAUGAUGCCAUUGCCGAAGAACUCAACAAAAAGUUAGCAAAUAAAGUUGUACAUAACGUUGGGUUGUGUAUUGCUCUUCAUGACAUCAUCAAGUUGGAAGACUCGCAUAUAUUUCCUGGUGAUGGAUCAUCUCAUACCAAGGUCAACUUCCGCUAUGUGGUGUUUAGACCCUUCAUGGAUGAGAUACUGAUUGGUAGAAUACGAAGCUGCAGCAGGGAAGGUGUUCACAUAUCUCUGGGUUUCUUUGAUGACAUCUUGAUUCCACCUGAAGCUUUACAACAGCCGUCAAAAUUUGAUGAAACAGAACAGGUUUGGGUAUGGGAAUAUGAGACUGAGGAGGGAACCCAUGAUUUAUUCAUGGAUACCAGUGAAGAAGUCCGAUUCCGUGUUGUGGAUGAGACGUUUGUUGAUACUACACCAGUAGGACCUGAAGAUGUCAUACAACCAGGAGCAGAGACUGGGAAUGAGCAAGCUAAGAGCAAGAAGUCUCCAUACAGCCUCACGGGGUCGAUUAGUGAACCAGGUCUUGGUUUGCUUACCUGGUGGGCCAGCUAGUACAGUACAUCUGCUAGUAGAGCAUAAAUCGU